AUGGAGAAUGAUACUCAACACCAGCCUUCUACAUUAACAUCUAGUGUUGAUGCAAUUGAUGUUGCUACCACUGAAAUUCAUGCUAUUGGGUUUUCUCCACUUGGAAAGAAGAGAAAACAAAAUGCUAAUGGUCCUAGGAAAUCCUCUCCUUUCUGGGACCACUUUAUUAAACUUCCUAAUGAAACCGAACCAGUAGCUGCUUACAAACACUGUCAUCAAAAAUAUUUGUGUGACCCAAAAUCUCAUGGGACACCUAACAUGCUUUCUUACAUAAACAGUAUGCAUCAAGAUGCCACAAAAUGA